AUGGAGCAAAGGAACCAAACUUCUGAAUUUGUCCUACAGGAGCUUUUCAACCAGAUGGAGCAUGAAGGCAUCAUCUUCUCCAUCCUCCUCUCCAUGUAUUUGCUGAAUCUGCUGGGCAACCUGCUUACUGCCCUUUUGAUCCGCUGCGAUGCCCGACUCUUCCGCACGCCCAUGUACUUCUUCCUCAGCUACCUCUCUCUGGCUGAUGUGGGGUUUGCCUCCACCACUGUCCCCAUGAUGCUGCGCAAUCUGGUUUCUCAGAACAAGGUCAUAUCUUAUGUGGGCUGCUUGUCUCAGAUGUAUUUUUUCUUGCUGUUUGGCAACUGUGACAACUUCCUGCUUGCUGCCAUGGCUUAUGACCGCUACCUGGCCAUUUGUCGCCCACUGCACUACACUGCCUUAAUGAACCAGAAGCACUGCUUCCUUGUGGUUGCUGGGUGUUGGCUCUUGGCUUUUUUCCAGUCCAUGCUGUACACCUUGAUGUUGUCCCAUCACUCCUUUUGUGCCUCUCAAGAGAUCCCCCAUUUUUUCUGUGAAUUCUAUCCACUGCUGGGGCUCUCCUGCUCAGACACAACUGCCAUUAAAACGGUGGCCCUGACAGAAGGCAUGCUUGAUAUCCUAGGGCCAUUUGUAUUAGUUGUGAUCUCCUAUGCACACAUCUUCCUUACGGUAAUGAAGACUCCCUCCGCUAAAGGCAAACUCAAGGCCUUCUCCACGUGUGGUUCACACCUGGCUGUUGUCGUCUUGUUCUACAGCACCCUCUGCUGGGUCUAUGUGCAGCCUAACUCUAACCAGAGCAACCUUGCUUCUCUCAUGUACACUGUGGUCACCCCUAUGCUGAACCCCUUCAUCUAUAGCCUGAGGAAUAGUGAGAUGAAGGGUGCCCUGAGAAGACUUGUUGCCAGGAUGCGCGUCUCUCAGAGGAACUGGAAAUAA